UUUCCCGGUAGUAAGAGUAAGCUCCUGUCGCACAGCAUUAUACGAUACGAUAUUCACACAAGAUUAAACUCACUAACUGUCUCUUGUGUGUAGCAAUGUCAUUUUUAGUCAGAAAAUAUAUUUUUUGUUCAUUUCGUGCUGUCGCAUGAUACACAGGAAUCGUAUAUAACUCAGGUGUGCAGCUUUAGUUACUAGUUUUUCGAAAGCAUAAACAGAAUCUGUAACCAGAAUUGCGUCGUUACAGCUUAAUAUCAAAUGUUUGGUAAACAAAGUCAUUUAUGUCGCAGACAAAAAAAAGAAUUUUUCGUUAACGUUGCAUACAAGCUUCCCUUUGUAUUUAAAUUACCAGUAUUGCGCAGUUUAUUUGCAGUUUCGACAGAUAAGCCAUUGGCAUAUAUAUAGUACACGGUUGUAGUUCAAUUAGUAGUCUAUUCCAAAUGACGAUAGAGGAAACAUCAAGACCGAGUGGCAAUGCAAUUGAUGAGAGUUCCCCGCUGAUUCAACAGUUUGAUGGCGUUGGGCAGACAACGGAACAGUUACACCCGAUAAAAACCAAAAUCUACAAAAGAAGAUUUUUCAUGAUUUCCCUCACAUGUCUUGGCGCAUUAACUAGCGGAAUUCAAAACGUGGUAUAUGCUGGUCUACCUUCAAGCGUGAAAAUAUACUUUAAAGCCUCACCACUGGUCUAUGAUCUGUUGACUAGUCUCUACUACUUCAUGUUCGCUAUUAGUGGAGUAUUCUGUAUUUGGGUAAUCGAAAAAGUUGGAAAUCGCAUCUCGCAUAUCAUCGCUUCAACGUUUAUAUUUCUUGGAUCCGUGGUUGCUGUUGUGGCAUGCCUCAAUCGAAAUUUUCUUGGAGUAGCAAUUUUUGCUCAACUACUGAAUGGCAUAGCACAGGUAUUCGUGCUAUCCCUUCCGCCAAAGAUCGCAGGAACGUGGUUUGACAGCAAUCAGAUAUCCACUGCGACCUCGAUGACUGUGUUCUCAUAUCAAGCUGGGAAUGGACUUUCUUUAUUACUUCCUCCGUACAUUAUACCAGUAUCUGCCAGCGACACAAAUCUCUUGAAAACUCGAAUGCUUUACAUAUUCGGAUUCAUUGCAGCACUGGCAUUUGUUUCCUUUAUUCUAAUUAUCAUAUUUUUUGAAGAGAAGCCUCCAUUACCACCGAGCACAUCUGCGGUUGUAGCUUCAAUCACUGAAGAAAAACCUUUAAUUGAUUCUUUAAAAACAGUUUUAUCGAACUCCAACUUUGUACGGUUCAUCUUCACAUUCGCCAUAAACUACGGUGCAUUCUCUGCAAUAAUGACCGUGGUCGCUCCCCAGACAUUGAAAGCAGAUGGUUCUAAACUGACAGAUAAAACUGCUGGACAGAUCGCCGCCACCAUGGCGCUUUCAGGGAUUGCAGGACCUAUAAUUUUUGGCGUAUGGCUGGACAAAACAAAAAAGUUCUUAUGCACUUCCUCAUUUGCUUACGGAAUGGCACUUGUUUCGACGGCUGCAUACACAGUUGUAGUUUAUAGUUCCGUUGAAUGGCCACUUUGGAUCACAACGAUUGUUUUCGGGAUAGCUUUUACUUCGUAUAUGAACAUUGGGAUGGAAAUCGCAUCUGAACUUACAUUUCCUGAACCAGCAAGCACUUCAACCAGUCUAAUAUAUUCCCUCGGUGGGGUUUUUUGUCUAAUUGAGAUGGAAGUUGCAAGAGCAAUUAUGGACGCUGGGAAUAUCCUUGGUUCUAAUAUUUUUCUUACAAUGAUGCUUUUGGUCGGAUUUAUAACAACGCUUACUAUAAACGGUGAAAUGAAACGGUACAAGGCCAGCACAGAGGUGGUGGACGAUUCAUGAUGGUUUUAUAUGCAGUUUAUUUAUUUAUUUCGCAUCUUAUGCUUCCGUGAUACAUCUUUUGCAAUAUUAAUACUGAUUGGUUUUGUUUGAAAAUAUGAGGUGUGAGUUACGUUUCCC